CAUCUUUAUCCUCGAGCUUAGGGUUUGAAUUGAGAGAUAAAGAGAAAGAAAGAGAAAGCAUGUCGGAUGAAGAGCACCACUUCGAGUCCAAGGCUGACGCCGGUGCCUCCAAAACCUACCCUCAACAAGCUGGCGCCAUCCGCAAGAACGGCUACAUCGUCAUAAAGGCUCGUCCCUGCAAGGUGGUGGAAGUUUCUACCUCCAAAACAGGGAAGCAUGGACAUGCCAAGUGUCACUUUGUGGGGAUAGAUAUAUUCAAUGGCAAAAAACUCGAAGAUAUUGUCCCAUCAUCCCACAAUUGUGAUGUUCCACAUGUUACCCGAACUGACUAUCAGCUGAUUGAUAUUUCUGAAGAUGGAUUUGUGAGUCUUUUAACUGAUAGCGGUGGUACGAAGGAUGAUUUGAGGCUUCCCACUGAUGAGAAUCUGCUUACCCAGAUUAAGGAUGGAUUUGCUGAAGGAAAGGACCUUGUUGUGACGGUCAUGACGGCCAUGGGAGAAGAGCAGAUCUGUGCACUCAAGGACAUUGGCCCCAAGAACUAAGUUUUAAGAGUUUCACUCAUUGAAAGGCCUUAACAUCCAUAGACUGAGCUCUCCAUCAAACAAGUAUCUCUGGUGCCGUAAGUUGCAUUAUUGACAGUUAUGGAUAUGAACCCCCACCCCCAUAAUCAUGGCUUUUGGAAAAGAUUUGGUUGGGUUUAAACAUAAUUAAGAUAUGUUGACAUGGUGUUAUAAGACAUUUCUGGAUUUUCUGGAUAUAAAUGCUUCUGAUACUUGGGUUUGUUUUCUGAAACUGGGAUUGAAAUAAUUAGUUUCUGAACAGAUUUUGUUUUACCCUUA